AUCUGGCGAAUGCAGUUCUAUUUGUUGCUAAUAUUAAGAUUCACCUAACUUCGAUUCGGCCCAAAACUAUUCGAGCCACCUGUAAAUGUAACGAUUCGUCCCAAAACGAUUCGCCUCAGAUGAAUAACUAUAAUCAGUUACCAACAGGUUAGUCUAGUAGGUAUGUGAUCUGGUUAUGACAUAAAUGGUGUUGGGAUAUUUAGAUUCAAACCUUAGUGGACAAUAAACAUAUCUGCUGUUUGAAAUGGCAGACAGUCGCAUCAACUUAGAUAAACCAAUAUGGGAUCAGAAUACUUUUAUUGGGCGUUUAAAAUAUUUUACAUGGGUAACAGACCCUAGACUUUCAUUGUCAUCAAAACAAAGCUUGCUGGAAGCUAAGACGCUUGUUUCACAGUAUAGGAAAGGUGAGGAACCAGUUGGCACCACAGUACAACAGGUGAGACAAGCACAGAGAAUGUGUCUCUCUGCCUUCCAUCCUGACACAGGUGAACUACAGAAUGUGAUUGGUCGAAUGUCCUUCUAUGUCCCUGGUGGAAUGAUUCUCAUUGGUGCCAUGAUUACAUUCUACAAGAGUACACAAGCUGUUAUAUUCUGGCAGUGGGCUAACCAGUCUUUCAAUGCUUUAGUCAACUACACCAAUAGAAAUGCCGAGUCAGAGAUAACACCACAGAGGAUUGGGGUUGCAUAUGUAUCAGCUACUGGAAGUGCUUUAAUUACAGCACUUGGUUUGAAGUCUUACCUAGCCAAGAGAGCCUCACCUUUGAUGCAGAGAUUUGUUCCCUUUGCUGCUGUUGCUGCUGCAAACAUGGUGAACAUACCACUUAUGAGGCAAAGUGAAUUGAUAGAUGGUGUAUCAGUCUAUGAUGAGGAUAACAAGAAAGUAUCACAGUCCAGAUACGCUGCCCUGAAAGGAAUUGGCCUUGUAACAUUCAGCCGUAUAUUGAUAGCUUCACCAGGAAUGUUGAUUUUACCUCUUGGAAUGGAGCACCUGGAGAAGACAGCUUGGAUGAAAAAAUAUAGAAUCAUUAAUGCCCCACUUCAAGUUCUUUUGUCUGGUGUGACUUUAUUGUUUAUGGUUCCAAUAGGAUGUGCACUGUUCAACCAAAAGAGCUCAAUGCCUGUAUCAAGACUUGCCAGUAUGGACAAAAAGGAUUUGAAGGUUUUAGAAUCUGAAUAUGGUAAACCACUACCAUCAACUGUAUAUUUCAAUAAAGGAUUAUAAACUUUAUUAAAUGGUGUUAACUACAAAGUGUUUCGAAAAUAUUUGAAAUUUGUUCACUUGUACAAUGUUUUUCAAAACUGGAUUUUAAAAGCUAGAGAUUGCAUGACUGAUGUGGAAUAGUGAGAUUUGAUUUUUCUUCUUUUUUUAAAUACAUGUACAGUACUUGUGUAUUUACUGAAUAUUUUAUUAUGUUAUGUUAUCAUGGAAAUAAGAGAUUAUAAAAAAUACUUUUUGUUAGUUAGCAAAGUUGUUAAAUCUUUAUUUUUUAAUGAUAUAUUAAUCAACUGUC